AUGGCCCCCACCCAUGAAAUGGUAGCCAACUGCGGCUACCAGACCCCGGAUGAACACAGCAAUCGUCCCUCGUACUUUGCUACUCCGAACGAAUCUCCUUUGGCAUCAUUGCCCUUACCUAGAUCUCCUUUGAGACGGCCCCCCUUUGUUCCUCGCUCCUCUCAUGGACCAGCCUUUGAAACGGAGGAUAGCACGGCGAUGCCUGCGGCCGAGCGGCAGGCAGAGUCGAAUGAGUCUAGUCCAAACAACGCCAAACCUACGCUGGAGAAGCAUUUUAGCUUGGGCAAAGUAGGAAUUCGAGAUCGGAUCGCCUGUCAUACCUGGACUUGGUUCACUAUGACGAUGGCAACCGGAGGAAUGGCGAAUGUGAUACACUCUCUCCCCUACCAAGCUGCCUGGCUCAACGGCAUAGCCGUAGCAUUUUUCCUGCUCAAUGUUAUGCUCUUCAUCAUAAACUGUGCCCUCGCCAGUAUUCGAUUCAAAUCCAGACCAGGGGCCCUCACCCAUUCAUUCACAGACCAGACGGAAUCGCUCUUCAUUCCUUCUGCUGUUGUCUCUUUCGCCAUCAUAUCGAUCAACAUAUGCCAGUUCGGUGUGCCGCAUGUAGGGCCCUGGCUCCUUAGAAUCAUGCAAAUUCUGUUCUGGUUCUACAUAGCCUUAAGUGUGCUUGCUAGUGCCACUAUUUACCUGAUUCUUUGGUCGACAUUGAUAUUUCCCAUUCAUACCAUGACUCCUACCUGGGUCUUCCCAGCCUACCCUUUGCUCCUCACGGCACCUUUUGCGAGCAACCUCAUACAAGCUGCUGUACAAACGAACCAGCAGGUCGUCACUCUCAAUAGGACUGCCAUUGCUCUCUGUGCAGUCGCUACUCAAGGCGCGGGCUGCUUGAUUGCCUUUAUGAUCUCUGCUGCCUUUAUCUAUCGGCUGAUGACGCAGAAAUUACCGCGGGAUUUUCAACGUCCUGGUGUGUUCAUUUCUAUUGGGCCAUUUGCCUUCACGGUCGGAGGCUUAGUUCAACUCGGCAAUUCCGCAGACAAAAUUCUGCCCAGCAAUUUCCUGGGCACCGACCUUGCCGUGCCCAUCAUCAAAGUCAUGUCAGUCUUGAUCGGGCUAUGGCUCUGGGGUCUGAGCAUGUGGUUUUUUAUCGUCUCCGUAGGAUCACUUUGGAAGUAUGUGCGGCCAGAGAGCAAGAUGCCUUUCCAAAUGACAUGGUGGUCAUUUGUCUUCCCGAACACUGCACUUGUUACGGCCACGACUGCGCUUGGCAAGGCUUUGCAGAAUAACGGAUUGCAGAUAUUUGGCUGCGUCUUCGCAGCGUGUCUGAUAGUCAUAUGGUUUAUUUUGGAAGCAACAAUCCAACCCAAAUCAAGCCAUGUAGCAGACGAUUUCCUGCAGAGCUUCCUGGAUCCUUCUUUUGACCCAGCGGCAUAUCUGAAUGCUACUCUGCCACCGCUUCAACAUGGUGGCUACCACUCAUCACGAAGCAAUGGCAACGGUCAGGCCGUCCCGCUGGCCGACUUGUCCAACGAGGCGCAAACGCUGCUGUCCCAGCUCAACAUCCACACGACGAGGCUUUCCGGCACGUUGACCCAGUUGACGGAUGACAUCCUCCGGAGCGGCAGCCGGCUCGCCUACGAAGUCGAGCUCCUCCGAGGUGAGACCCUGAGUCUUGCUGAGACGAUGAAUGAGACGCUGCAGGAGGACAUCAAGAAGUUCGCGCCGAGUGGUGUGGAUCAGGAGGCCAAGGGAACGGUACCGAAGGCCGCGGACGGGCAAGAAAGGAGAGAAUCCGUGGGCGCCAGCAAGGCCGGCGACGACGAAGCUACGGCCACGGAGGGCAAGGCGGAAACCUCAGAACCACCCUACAUCAACCAGCUGCGGACGCUGACGGUGGUCCGCUCCCGCCUCGACACCGUCAUCAAGACCUUUGGAGACGCCAUGGAAUUCGUCUUCCCGCCGUCGGAGCUCUCGGUCAGCUCGUCCUUCCUCUCGGUCUCGGCGCCCGACCCGGGAGCGGAGCAGCACAGCACGGAGGAGAAGGGCCAGCAGGUGUUGCAGGGUCUGCGGGAUGAGAUCUCGCAGCUGCUGACCAAGUCGGAGGACCCUGUCAAGGGCAUCGAGAAGGCGGCGCAGCGGAUCGAGGAGCUCAAGGAGCUUAACAAGGUCUGGAAGGGCACGGCGGAGGAGAAGGGCAGGACAAAGUUCAUUGAGAGCCUGGCCAAGAUGGUGGAGGACCGGCAUCGGGAUCUCAUGAGGGAGGUUGAUCAAGCGAGCAGGAGGGAUGGGAAUGAGGGGCGGGCGAGGAAGGGGAGUGUUCAUGCUGAUGCCGCGGAGACCAAGACGUAUCUCGGGGGUUACGGCUUGAUGAGCCAGCUUCAGAAACUUAGAAACGGGUUGUAA